AUGGGCUCCCAGUCCUACUACGAUGUCGACGCCAUCCUCACUGACGCCCAGAAAGUUCCAUGCACAUUUGAGCUCACAGUACCUGGUCUGGGCUAUCUGGAGGGCAACAUGACGGGUGACAUUCAACAAGGCUCCAAGGUUGAGCUGCCACUGUGGCUGGGUGAGAUGCUUGCGCUCAGGCACGUCCAGCCUUCAUAUGUCUUCUUGUUCAAAAGGCUUACGUUGCCACAUAGUCAGAGUCUAAAUACUUCGUCGCUAGUCACGCUCGACCAUCCAUCCGCACUGGCUCCGCGUGUGCUCAAUGCCUUGAAGGCAGACCCACGCACCGUCGACCUGCGAGCCCUUGCGCCUCACUUCUACAGCCUAGGUGCCCGUAUACUGGAUCUAUUCGAGGAAGACGACAUGGUACAUGUGCUGAGCGAGACAUUCAAAGCGAGGGCAGCCGUCAUCGCUGGCCAGGCGCACAAUCCUCGAGGCGCUCUAGGCGAAGGCGCCGACUUCAUGCGUGGUCUCGAUGAGACGGAGAGGAAGCUCUUCCGCGACGCACAUGACAGUGCCAAAGCCGUUCGAACAUGGAUCACCGAUCUAAAAAAGAAGUAGCCGCACCCACGCAGUACCGAGCGGCCGGGGUACUGCCAGAGUUGAGCCCACGUUUGAUGUGUCACGGUCCAUAUCCAUCAGCCAAAAGAUAGGAAUCUCCGCGGGAUCCUCCGAACAGUCAAUGGCGAGCUGAAUUGCAUAAAGACCAUGCACCCAGCCUCGUAGGCCCAU